AUGAGAUCAUCUAUUCUCUUUGGCCUGGCCGGCGUCGCCUCCGCCCACUUGCCAAAUAUCGUCAAUGAUAUCGUCAAGCCAGUUACCUCAAUCACUCCCAUCGUCGGAGGGCUCGUCGGAGGGGUUAUCCCAGCAGUCUGCGACCUGACCGAGACCUGGGACAACCAUGUUCUCUUUAGCGGGAUUGUUGGUGCUGCGACCGAGACCUCCGCGGCCGUCUCACUUGAGCUCGUUUUGAACCAGGCUCAUGUUGAGGGUCAGAUUAGUCUGGCACCACUCGAGAACUUCCUCGCAGAACCAACCAUUCGCCUCAACCUUGCCAGCUUCCAGGCCUAUGUGGAUGUCGAUCUCUCAGCCUCGGCGGGUGUUUUCCAGACCGUCACCCUCAUUGCUUCACCCGAGCUUGCCAUCGACCUUGGUGUUCUUGAGAUUGACUUGGGUGCUGCCUUUGCGCUCGAUCUCGUCGUUGGUGUUAGCGCUGCCGUCGACCUGUCUGCUGGAUUCUACAUUUCUUUCUCCGAGGGUGACUACAUCGAUCUCUCUGUAGUGACCAAGCAAGUCCGUGGCAGUGUCCUCACUGGACUUGGUGUCAAGGCCCUGCCUCUCACUGUUGGUGCUGCCGUUGAUUUGUCUACUGAUAUCGAUGUUCUGCUUGGUCUCCGCCUUCGAUCCCACAUCAGCGUCGGUGCCGAUGUUGAACUGCUUGGUCUUGACCUCCUUGAUGCAGGUGCUGAGAUUUCCAUCUGGGCUGACUUGGUCAAGCACAAGAUCACUCUUGGUCAGACUAAGGAAUGUGCUGUCUCUGUCGGUAACGAGUUCGGUCUCAACGUUGGCAUUGCUGUCGAAGCUGGUAUCAACGUUGCCGAUAUCCUCGAUAUUAGCCUUGCUCCUACCGUCUCUGUUGAGCUGGCCCGCGCUGAUAAGGGUGUUGCUUGCCUGUCCGGCCGUGACGGCAAGGAGAACCUCGAUGCCACUGGCGGUCUUAACUCCCCUUCAACUCCAUCCACCAGCGGUCUCGCUUCUCCUUCAGCUCCAUCCACCAGCGGCCUCAACUCUCCCGUUACUCGUUCCACCAGCGGUCUUACUUCCCCAAGCACCCCGACGCCUACCCCCAGUGCCUCUGUUACUAGCGUUGGCAACGGUGGCCUGGUCACGAGCACCAUCAGCAGCACUACGACCUACACUAUUACUAGCUGCCACGUCUCCGUGCCUAACUGCCCUGCGUCCCAGACCCAAGUCAUCGUCACAUCAGUUGUUCACUCAACUGUGACCGUCUGCCCUGCUACACAGACCUCAUUCCCCACGACGACUCCUGCCUCCGCCGUGAGACCCGUCCCCACCAUCACCGAGACUCUGACCACCAUUGUGCCUUGCAAGCCUACCUCUAGCACCUUCACACCCCCUCCUAGUGCUACUGCGACUCCCGUUCCCACCGUCACUAUCAGCGACACCGUCACCGUCUGCCCAUCCCAGGCAUCCACCCAACACCCAGUUCCUUCGGGCGGCCCCUCUGCUGGCCCCUCGGUCUCUGUUCCUGUUUCCGGUGGCCCCUCGGCUAGCCCAUCAGUCUCUGUUCCUGCUUCCACCGGCGUUUCCACGACCGCAUCUUCAGCUCCCAGCGUCCCUGCGGGCGAGACCCCUACUGGCGGAGCUCCAUCCGGCCCUGCUCCAUCCGGCGGCCCCAUCCACACCCCCAGCGCUCCUUACCCUUCUUCAAACAACACCUGGACCAGCGUCUACAGCCCUCCUGCUUCGUCGGUCCCUGCCACUUCGAUCCCCGCUACCGGUGUUCUUCCCUCAACUACUGGUGCCAAUUCCCCCGUGCAGCCUUCUGCCACUCCUUCCGGCAUCACCUCGUCGGCUGGGUCCCUGCAGGUCGGAAUUGCCAUGAUCGUGCCCCUUAUUUUGGCUCUGCAUCUGUAA